CUGCAAAGCGAAUAUAUCGAGGCGAGAGCUUCGUUAGCAUUUUGCGAGCGGCAAAGUGAAUUAAUUGUCCUCGUGCGAAUGUCUAGACUGCAGUAAUCCUUGAAUAAUAUGAAGAAAGCCAAGCCGCUGCUGCACGACCAUCUGAUAACGAUCCGAGUAAAGAAGUACCUCGAGGAGCACAUCGGGGAAACCUACCUGGAUGUGAAGCAGAUGACCAGGGAGUUGAUGCAAAAGUACCCGGAAUAUUCACGUCGCAAAUUCGGACCCUUCAGACAGCUGGUGCACCAAGCGUUCUCGAUCAUAUCGGAAAGCUACAACUUGGACAAGGUAAGCAGUUCCGAGGAAGAUUGCGUUAGCGAGGAAUUCGAGGCGCCACCCACCAAUAGUGUGAUGAACAAUAUGAUGAACAGCCUGUAUAGUCAACCAAGAAAGCCGCUGGCGCCCAAGCCGAUCAGCGAGCCCAUCGAUAUAUCCAGUGGUGAUGACAACGACGAUGACUCGAAUACUAACACCACCAACGGAGAUGGUGCUCCAGCUGCUGCUCCUCCAGCAGUUCAGGCCAACGCCUUAAAACGCCUGAUGGAGGAAGUGCCGGAGAUCGCAGUGGCUCCAAAGAAAACAGCCAAACCGAAUACUAUUCACGUCGCCCAGACAGAGUCCGUGCAAAAAUUGCAUCCAGGUGUGGGGCAUCGGGCUAAGAAUCAUUUAGAUGACGCCGGUUCGCGGUCCAAAGAACACCGUAAUGCACCAGGCUUAUAUCAGCAGUUGCACCAAAACCAAAAUCGGGACCGCCCGAGGAAGUACAAAAAGGAGUUGGAGGUGCAGCACACCACGGAAAGUUUCCGGGACAUUGGCGGCAUGGAUAGCACCCUCAAGGAGUUGUGCGAGAUGCUGAUCCACAUUAAGUCGCCGGAGUUCUACUUUCAAUUGGGAUUAUUGCCUUCGAGAGGAUUAUUGCUGCAUGGGCCGCCAGGCUGCGGCAAAACCUUUCUUGCUCGUGCCAUUAGCGGGCAACUAAAAAUGCCUCUUCUGGAAAUACCGGCCACGGAGCUAAUUGGUGGCAUCUCUGGUGAGUCGGAAGAGCGGAUUCGCGAGGUCUUUGAACAGGCCAUAGGCUACUCGCCGUGUGUGCUUUUCAUCGAUGAGAUCGACGCCAUUGGAGGGAAUCGUCAGUGGGCGUCCAAGGAUAUGGAACGUCGCAUUGUGUCGCAGCUGAUAAGCAGCUUGGACAACCUUAAGGCCAACGAGUUUGGCCAAUCAGUUGUCGUCAUAGCAGCCACCACGCGUCCCGAUGUCCUGGAUCCUGGACUACGUCGCAUCGGUCGCUUUGAUCACGAAAUUGCCAUACACAUCCCGUCGCGCAAGGAGCGGCGUGAAAUUUUGCGCAUCCAGUGCGAAGGCUUGUCCAUCGAUCCAAAGCUUAACUAUGAUAAGAUUGCCGAGCUUACACCGGGAUAUGUCGGUGCUGAUCUGAUGGCUCUCGUCAGCCGAGCAGCUUCUGUGGCCGUGAAGCGUAGGUCAAUGAAGAAGUUCCGUGAACUGCACGCUGCCAGUGAGAAGAACAUGACAACGGUCACUUUGGAUGACGACGAACCCAGCGAGGAGGCAGGUGAAAAGGCUGAACAAACAACUGUUGCUGACUCAAAUGAUAAGGAAACUGCAACAGAUGCAGAGGCCGAGCCAAAGGCAGAUGGUGACAAGGAAACAUCUGAUAAGGAGAAAUCAGAAGUCGAGUUACCUAAAACUGAAACCCCCGAAAAAGUGACCAACGGCAAAUCACCCAAGAAAUCGCCGAAGAAAUCAACGGAUGCUGCCAUGGAAGUAGACGAUGUCGCUAACGAAGAGCCGAAAAAAGUCGUUGAGCAGAAAGUUGACUCCUCCUCCAAUGACGAAUACUACGAACCCACGCUGGCUGAGCUGACCAAUUUUCUAGAUAACCCGCCUGAGGAGUUCGCCGAUCCAAACUUCUGCCUCACUCUCAUCGAUUUCGUAGAUGCCAUUAAGGUGAUGCAGCCUUCCGCCAAGCGCGAGGGCUUUGUUACAGUGCCGGACACCACUUGGGAUGACAUUGGUGCCCUAGAAAAAAUUCGCGAAGAGCUUAAGUUGGCUGUUUUGGCGCCAGUCAAGUAUCCAGAGAUGCUGGAACGUCUUGGGCUGACAGCUCCAUCAGGCGUUCUGCUGUGCGGUCCGCCAGGUUGUGGCAAAACUCUUUUGGCCAAGGCUAUUGCCAAUGAGGCUGGCAUCAAUUUUAUAUCAGUGAAGGGGCCCGAGCUUAUGAACAUGUAUGUCGGCGAAAGCGAGCGCGCUGUGCGUGCCUGCUUCCAACGUGCCCGGAACUCUGCUCCCUGUGUCAUCUUCUUCGACGAGUUCGAUUCCUUGUGCCCCAAGCGAUCGGAUGGCGGCGACGGUAAUAAUUCCGGAACUCGUAUAGUUAACCAACUGCUGACCGAAAUGGAUGGCGUGGAGGAGCGCAAGGGUGUAUACAUAUUGGCGGCUACCAACAGACCGGAUAUCAUUGAUCCGGCCAUCCUGAGACCUGGUCGCCUGGACACCAUUUUGUACGUGGGUUUCCCCGAGCAGAGCGAACGUACUGAGAUCUUGAAGGCCACAACCAAAAACGGAAAGCGUCCGGUUCUGGCCGAUGAUGUGGAUCUUGAUGAAAUUGCUGCCCAAACUGAAGGCUAUACUGGCGCUGACUUGGCAGGACUGGUUAAGCAGGCAUCUAUGUUUUCCCUGCGCCAAUCUCUAAACAAUGGCGACAGAAACCUUGACGAUCUGUGCGUACGCAGCCAGCAUUUCAAGGAAGCUUUACAACAGCUUCGCCCCUCAGUUAACGAACAGGACCGCAAAAUAUACGAUAAACUGCGCCUGAAAUACGCAGCUCCUAGGGUACCCAACAUGAAUGAAUAGUAACCCCAUCAACAUUGUUUGUUGUUUUAGCCGAUAAGAAUCCUCGCGAAUCAAAUAAAUUUAGAAUUGCGAAAGUAACGAACAGUUUUCGAAAUGUUACCCAGAAAAAAACAUUGUAAACCUACAUAAUUUCAAAGUUAUUUGGUUUAUUGUUUGUAUUAAGUUACAAAAUAAAUUGGAAAACCUAAUUUUAAAGAUUUAAAUUUGAA